UGCAUGGAAAAGCAAUCCGACAAUAAUGGCAGUGGGAGAUGCUUGAAGGUGGCUACACAUCCAGUGUGCAGACUGGUGGAUCAUGCUAGGGGGUAGCAUGACUGAUAGAAUGAUACGUGAGGGUUGAAGCAUCCAUGUGCCAUAUACUCACUGCUAUUACAACGAAUAAUUACCAGCUGGUAAAGAUAAUUGGCUGAUGUUCAUCUGGUACUA